UGUAAACAUAAUAAUUAAUGAGUAUUUGCCAGUGCAACCAAAAAUACUUCUGUUUAAGAUGGAUUAUCUGAAAACAAGUCAUAGGCCUGGUUUCACAGACAGGGCUUAUACUAUGCCAGGAUUAGGCCAAUUAGGACAUUUAAGUCAUUUUUAUACACAUGCCAUACAAAAAACAUUACAGGUGUCCCUCUUGAGACAAAGCAAAGGCAUUGAUAUAUUUUAAGAUCAAUCAGUGCAAGUUUAUUUCAGUUGAAACAGCUCAGACUUGCAUUUUAGUCCGGGACUAGGUUUAACCCUGGUCUGUUGUCUUUGAUUUUUAAGUAAAUUUAUGUUAAUCUCAAUGCAUGGGUCAUUCAUAUGUUUAUAACAACUAUUCAAGCAGAGCAAUAUACAUAAUCGCACUGUGUGAUUGUAUAAAAAUAAUAUUCACUGUACUUGGACAAACGUGGAUCCUGGAUAUCAUACUUCAACCAGAUCCUCACAAAGGUAAGUUGCAAAGUGGACCGCGUACAUCUCGUAUCUGUCUGAGGACAGCGCGCAAUCCAACGGGAGGCGCGAGAGCGCAACAGAUGAUGUGCGCGCACGACGGGAACGCGCUAUUCUGUUGGAAAGUCGUGGAACAGAAACUCUGCGCUCAGUCUCAGUGCGAGGACUUGGAGUUCCCCUCAAGAAGGAGUCAUUUCACGUCAUGUCUUUCUGGUAUUGCUCUGGACGCUUCAAAGAUGCGCGCACUCCUCAGGCGUUUGGAGACUCCAACUGGAUGCUUAUUCCGCCGCGCGCUGAAGUUAACGCGACCCUAAAGGGAUGAAAACUCUGCUGUCAUCAUCGUCAGCGGGAAAGGGUUCACAUGAUGACUUCAGACCUGUUGCUGGUUCUCCAAAAGUCCUCGAUCUGACAAUGGUUAACUGCUUCAAUUCCUCUAGCUCCAACAGCACGACCGUCAGCUCGGAUGGGGCUCCGUUCCCCGGGUACACGAUGGUCAUUCUGGCGAUCCUCAUGAUAACUCUGGUGGUCGUGGUGGUGGUCGGGAACGCGUUGGUUAUUCUCGCGUUCGUCGUGGACAAGAGCCUCAGAAAUCAAUGCAAUUACUUCUUCCUUAAUCUGGCUAUAUCGGACUUCCUUGUUGGGGCUUUUUGCAUCCCAGUCUAUAUGCCCUAUAUCUUGACGGGCAGGUGGAUGCUGGGUCGAGGACUGUGUAAGCUGUGGCUUGUGAUGGACUACUUGUUGUGCACGGCUUCCGUCUUCAAUAUCGUCUUAAUCAGCUACGAUCGCUUCCUGUCCGUUACCCGAGCUGUGAGGUACCGGGCCCAGCAGGGUGUCACUCGUCUGGCAGUGGUCAAGAUGUUGGCGGUGUGGGUUUUGGCAUUCCUCCUCUACGGACCAGCCAUCAUCUUCUGGGAACUAAUGGUGGGAGAAAGCAUCGUUCCGGAGGACGAAUGUUUCGCCGAGUUCUACUGCACCUGGUACUUCCUGCUCUCCGCGUCUACCUUCGAGUUCUUCUCUCCGUUCAUCUCCGUGGCCUUCUUCAACUUCAGCAUCUAUCUCAACAUCCAGCGGCGGAACCGGAGUCGCAUGGCGCACGUGGAGGCCGAAAAGGAGGACGGCUGGAGGGUCAUCGACGGACAGGCCUCGUCCGUUUUCUUCGUCAAAACGCGCAAGGUGUCCUCAAGCGAGCCGGCGGCCGUUUCGGCUGCGAUCGAAGACGAGGAGGAGGUUUCGCCGUCGUCCAGCGGCGAUCCCAGCAGCACCCACUCCGUGUCUUUGACAAUGAAGACGACCAUUAAAAAGCGAGGGUUGCUCAGCGGUUGGGUAAGGACGCGCAUAAUACGAGCACAGGAGGUAUCGAAUCCAUGCGCCCCGUGCAGAAGCGGAGGACACGCGCGUCUCUCCAGAGAUAAGAAGAUUGCCAAGUCCUUGGCAGUCAUAGUGUGCGUUUUUGGGGUGUGUUGGGCACCGUACACUCUCCUUAUGAUCAUACGGGCGGCCUGCAGCGGUAGCUGUGUGGAACAUCAUUGGUACGAAGUCACUUUUUGGCUCCUUUGGCUCAACUCGGCCAUCAACCCUUUCCUCUACCCGCUUUGCCACAGCAGCUUUCGCCGGGCCUUCGCCAAGAUUUUGUGCCCCAAGCGACAGUCUGUUCGACCACAUGAGGAAAGCCCAUCCUGCCAGUGACAAUCUGACAGCAACAGAAGGGAUUUAACACUUUCACACUGAAUAUUGAAGGAUGAAAUAAAAGCACCAAGGCAAGAAAGCCAAUCAUUUCCGCCCAAGCAAAUUCCACAAAGGAAAUCCAUGUCAUUACUUGAUGGAGUAGCAUGUUUUGUUCUUCUUUGAUGAAUAAGAGUCUUUGACCUUUUAUUGAUGGAUAUAAACAGUGCAACUAACAGUGCUGUUGUUAUUUGUCUAUCUCUUGUCUUGCAGUAACAUAGGAGCGGAGUUGUUUCACUCUUGUUAGCUAAUGUAAGUUGCAUGUUCUGGGACAUCUGUGGUGAAAAAGUGAUGCAGCUUGUGUUCAGAACAUAUUCAGCUGACAGUUUUGCCCAUAUCAACAUUAUUUAUUGACUGUUGUAUAUUCCACUUCAUUGACUCAGCGAAGAAGAAGUGAUCUAUGUGAGAAGGUUUUACAACUCAAAUGAGAAAAGACAAAUAUAAGGUGUGUUCUACCACUAAAUACAUUAGCUUCACAGUCAGACUCUGAAAUCUGUAUCACCUGCUAUGGACAAGACUGAAACUAAUAAUGUUUUUGAAUGCCAGUUUUGUGGAAUUUAUGUGAAAUGUGAAUUACGUUAUUGAUAUAUCAGUUUACAAUAAUGAAAUGAAUGAAUACAUUUUAAAGGAAUAAUGCACUUCUUUCAUUUUAAGAUAUUUGCGGAUUGUCCAUAGUAUUUUUUUUUCCUCAAGUCUUUAUUUCUCAUCAUUUUUAUAAGCUGAAAAUCUUGAAAAUGUCAAUCAAUUCUUAUAUGAAAGAAUUGGAAUGUAGCAACUGUGUCAUGUGGAUAAUGUUUAUGGUGCUUUUUUUUUUUUUUUUGGUCAUUUAUAAUGAUCAGCCCUGAUCCUUUUUUUUUUAAAGCCCUCUCUGGACUUUCAACAACGUCUUUGUGUUUCACGGAGGAAAUAGCCACAAAUAGACAUGACACAAUUUUAAUUUUGGGGCAUCUC